CUCGGGCUCCUGACCCCGGCAGACCCGGUGGGUGGGAGCAAGGGGACACGGCCCGGAGCCCAGGGCCAGCGGAGGAAGGAGUAAAAGGGCAGAGUCGAAGGAGGGGGCCCGCCCUGACGGACAGCCCUGCGGACCACCCUACCAAGGGUGGGUCCUGAAAGAAGGCCGACGCAGCCAAUGGACGUGCCCGACGCACCUCGGCCCGCCUCCUCCACCAGCCAAUGAGCGCGCGGAGAGCGGGGCCUCCCCAGGCCCGGCCGCGCCGCAGCCGCCGCCUCCUCUUCCUCUUCCUCAGCGCUAAAGCCGGGACUGGACCGAGCGGAGUUGUGCGUGUCGCCGAAGGGGGUUGGGUCGGGUGAGGGGAGGUUCGUUCCGCGGAGUCGCAGCCAGAACCGGGAGCAAGAAUCACUUUCAAGCCAGUCUAGUGAGGAUUUGGCAGAAAUUAAGGGAAACAUUUCGAUUGUUCUUUGGCAUGGAUAAAUGUUCAGUGGGAGGAUUAGAAUUGACUGAACAGACUCCUGCUUUAUUAGGGAGAACAGCUAUGACAUCUAGUCUCAUGAAAAUAGGAGAUUCAUUUGGUGAUCCAACUAGUCUUUUAGUCAAUAGAUCUAGCAACUCAUCAGUGGAAGAUGAUGAUGAUGAUGUUGUGUUUAUUGAAUCUAUACAACCUCCUUCAGUUUCUGCUCCUGCGACAGCUGAUCAAAGAAAUUUUAUAUUUGCGUCAUCAAAAAAUGAAAAGCCACAAGGAAGGUAUUCCGUAAUUCUUCCUUCUUCAGGAGAUUUGGCUUCUCAGAAGGGAAAUAGAAGUGAGACAAUUGUUAUUGAUGAUGAAGAAGAGAUAGAAACAAAUGGAGGGGAGGAGAAAAAUUCUUCUAGUUUUACUGAAUGGGGACUUCCUGGAACUAAAAACAGAACCAAAGAUUUGGAUUUCUCCACUUCCAGUCAUUCAAGAAGUAAGACCAAGACUGGAGUAAGGCCUUUUAAUCCUGGUAGAGUGAAUGUGGCAGGAGAUGUAUUUCAGAAUGGAGGAUUUGCAACUCAUAGUCCUGAUUCUUGGAUCUCCCAGUCAGCUUCAUUUCCCCGUAAUCAGAAGCAGCCAGGGGUGCAUUCUUUAUCACCAGUGGCCUCGCUUCCUAAACAGAAUUUCCAGCCUUCAGCCCAACAGCAACUUACUAAACCAGCUAAGAUCACUUGUGCAUAUUGCAGAAAACCUUUACAGAAGGGACAGACAGCUUAUCAACGAAAAGGAUCAGCUCACCUUUUUUGUUCUACCACCUGCCUUUCUUCCUUCUCUCAUAAACGUACUCGAAAGACACGAAGUGUAACAUGUAAAAAAAAUGCAGCUACAAAGAAGGCUACAGUUGUUCCUCUGGUGGAAUCAAGCAAAUCCUUCCCAGAAUUUUAUAGUACAUCUUGUCUGUCUCCCUGUGAAGACAACCAGAAUCUUAAAAAAGGAGUUUUUAAUAAAUCAAGAUGUACAAUCUGUAGUAAAUUAACAGAGAUUCGCCACGAAGUCAGUGUAAAUAAUGUAACACAUAAACUGUGCAGUAACCAUUGCUUUAAUAAGUACAGAUUGGCCAAUGGUCUAACAAUGAACUGCUGUGAACAGUGUGGAGAGUACAUGCCCAGUAAAAGUACUGGAAACAACAUCCUGAUGAUUGGAGGCCAGGAGAAGAGAUUUUGCUGCCAAAGUUGUGUUAACAGAUAUAAACAGAUGAUGGAAACAAAAUCAAAAAAAUUAUCAGCAUCAGAAAAUAGAAAAAGAAAUGCUGUUAGAGAAGAAAAUGAAAGACAAUUAUAUGGAUCAUCAGGUACACUUUUGGAAAAAUUAGAAGGACUACCAGAAAAAAAAGGAAAGACUUCAGAGCUACAGAUUUCAGCAGAGUGUAGCACGGAUACAUUACUGAUUGAGCAGAAUGUGAGUUUACCACCUUCUUCCCCAUCAACCAUAUCUGAUACAUUUCAAGAGCAACUGGAAGAGAAAAAAUCAGAAGACUCCAUUAUACCAGUUGUGCUUUCUACAGAUCCAGGUACAUGGCCCCGAAUUUUGAAUAUUAAACAACGGGACACUCUUGUUGAAAAUGAUCCACCUCAAGUAAGAAAUUUUAACUUUCCAAAAGACAAUACAGGGAGGAAGUUUUCAGAAACUUAUUAUACACGAAUUUUUCCAAAUGGUGAAAAAACCACUAGAUCCUGGUUACUUUAUUCAACCUCAAAAGAUUCUGUGUUUUGUCUAUAUUGCAAACUCUUUGGAGAAGGAAAAAAUCAACUUAAAAAUGAGAAUGGGUGCAAAGAUUGGCAGCAUUUAUCACAUAUUCUUAGUAAACAUGAAGAAAGUGAAAUGCACAUCAACAAUAGUGUUAAGUAUUCAAAAUUAAAAUCUGAUCUGAAAAAAAAUAAAACUGUAGAAGCUACAGAACACAGAUUAUAUAAAGAUGAUGAGAAAAAUGAUGGUGUGCUGCUCUUGUACACAUAAUAUAUAUGAGGUUUGGUUUUUGACAUGACAGGGUCUUAUAUUACUCAGAAAAAGUGUACCAUAAUAGUCAAUACCAUUGUGUUGUAAGGUUCCUAUACAAAGUAACUUGCAACAGUUCAUUAGCAAUAAGUAUAAUAGCAAAUAAAUAAUAAAGAAUAUUUUUAUUCCAAAUCUAAAACUAAUUGGAUUCUGUAGUCAAUGCAAAUUUUAAUAAAGGCAAUUUUUAAUUUUCUCUGUCUAUAAAUUUACACCUUUUUAAAAUUGGCAUUUGAGGACUGCCAUUUGACAGGUCUGGUUAAUAUUCUGAUUAUCUAGUAAGAAGAAAGACAGACUUGAAUUUAUCUGUACCAAAUUUGAAUAAGAUAUUUAUGUGAACAAGCAUUCUCAACAUAAUUAAAGUAAAAACACUGAAAUAGUUUACAGAAUGGGAUCUGAAAUUACAGCUUUUUGCUAUUAAACCAAAUACUUGUGAUUUAUUUCUUUUGAGCAAUACAUUUUUCUUUUUAUUUGAGCAAAAUAGCAUUAUUUGUUAUAUUAAAUAAAGGUGGUCAAUUUACAUUUUAUUGUUUUUCUUGUUUUAAUUUAACUUAUAAAUGUUCUAGCUUUUGUUGUAUGAGAACUAUAAGCAUAAAGAAUAUAUACCUAUUUUUUAAAUUGGUGCAAAUAUUA